AUGUUGUCUCAAAAGGCCACCCUGAAGGAUCUGCCCGAGAGCCAGAUCAAGGGCAAGAGAGUCCUCAUGCGUGUGGACUUCAAUGUCCCUGUUAAGGACGGUAAGGUCGCCGAUAAGACCCGUAUUGUUGCUACCAUACCUACCAUUAAGAAGGUCUUCGAGAUGGGUGCCAAUAGCAUCGUUCUUAUGAGCCAUUUAGGCAGGCCUGAGGGCAACAAGGUUGAGAAGUUCUCCUUGAAGCCUGUCGUGCCCGUCCUUACCGAGCUCGUUGGCCAUGAGGUUACCUUUGUCGAGGACUGCGUUGGCGAUGUUGCCAUUAAGGCUUGUGCCUCUCCUGCCCCCGGCAGCAUCAUCCUCCUCGAGAACCUCCGCUUCCAUGUUGAAGAGGAGGGCAAGGGUGUGGUCGAUGGUCAGAAGGUGAAGGCUUCCCCCGAGGCUGUUGCUGCCUUCAGGGCCGACCUCACCAAGCUUGGUGAUAUCUUCAUCAACGAUGCCUUUGGUACCGCCCAUCGUGCCCAUUCAUCUAUGGUCGGCGUCGAGCUCCCUAUCCGUGCUGCUGGCCUCUUGCUAGCCAAGGAACUUCAGUACUUUGGCAAGGCCCUCGAGAACCCUGAGCGCCCCGUGUUGAGUGUAUUAGGUGGCGCUAAGGUUAAGGAUAAGAUCCAACUUAUCAACAACAUGCUCGACAAGGUCGAUAUGAUGAUCAUCGGUGGUG